CCAUGGAAACGGCAGACUGGCGUGCUAGCUUUGGAGCAGAGAGGACGUACAGCUAGCUACAUUUUGUAGGCUACCUGUAUCCCGAUAAACUUUGCUGAAUCGAAUAUAAUAUUUAUUAAUUUCCUUUCUGCAAAGAUGAGUCGGACGCCGGAUGCAAGAGCGAGGGACAACCAGACAAGAAAGAUCCAGGAAAAUAUCACCAAUGUGGAGAAACAUUUCGGAGAGAUGUGCCAACUGUUCGCUGCCUACGCGCGCAAAACAGCCCGGCUACGAGACAAGGCAGAUCUCCUGGUCCGGGAAAUUGGCUUGUAUGCAGACAUGGAAACACCAAACCUGAAAAAGGGAAUGAAACAGUUUGCUGACCACCUGGCCAAGGUCGAAGACUACCGUCAGGCGGAGGUGGAAAGACUCGACGCCAAAGUCAUCGAGCCUUUGAAAAGUUAUGGUGCUGUAGUGAAACGGAAAAGGGAGGAUCUGAAGAUGACUCAGAGUGCCAGAGACAGAGAGACCAAACAGAUGGCUCAGCUUGAGAGAACCCGGCAGAGAAACCCCUCCGACAGGCAGAUCAUCUCUCAGGCUGAGAGCGAGCUCCAGAGAGCCACCAUGGACGCCACGCGGACCACCAGGCAGCUGGAGGAGACCAUAGACGAGUUUGAGAUUCAGAAGAUCCGGGACAUCAAGAGGAUCUUUGGAGAGUUUGUGACGGUGGAGAUGUCGUUCCACGCAAAGGCCCUGGAGGUUUACACAUUGGCCUUCCAGAGCAUUCAAAGUGUGGACGAAGAGGAGGACCUGGAGGUGUUCAGGAGCUCGCUGCACCCCCCUGACUACCAGUCACGCUUAGACUUAGUGCGAGCUAAUUCCAAAACCUCCCUCGAUCGGACCGGGUCCUUCCUCAGUACAUCAGGGACCUUACAGCAACAAAGAACCAGCAACCGCCAGACGAGGAGAGAGGAGGAAGAAGAGGAUGAGGAGGAGGAUGAGGAGGAAUCUGAAGAGGAGGAUGAAGAGGACAACUCUGAUGAUGAAAAUUAAUUUUUCUUUGCUGUACAGAAGAAAGAAAGGGAUAUUCAAAAAGGUGUGUUAGUGUUGUGCAGCCUCAUAAAAGACCAGCUGUGUCAUUGCCAAACUUACCUGACACAGGUGCUCUGAGCAGUGUUGUAGUGAAAGUAGUUGUGCGAUGCAGAACAUGUUGUUCUUUACUACCAUUUGUCUUUGAGCCAGUUAUUGUCUUAGCUUUGUUUUUUUAUACAUAAAUGAAAACAGUAUUUCAUUAUUCUGCUUUUUAUUGCUUCAUGUUAUUCAUCUUUUAGGAAUAAAUCACUUUUCAUAUUGAG